UCGCCGAAUACGUUGACUUCCGGUUGAAAGGGUAACCGCUUACUGGAGGUCCCACGUUUUUGCAAGAACUGGUUGUCGAGUUCCAAAACCUUCAAAAAAACUCGCCAUGCGUCCUCUCACAGACGAAGAAACCAAAACGAUGUUUGAGAAAUUAUCUAAAUACAUUGGCGAAAACAUAAAACUUCUAGUUGAUAGACCUGAUGGUACUUACUGCUUCAGGUUACACAAUGACCGCGUCUAUUACAUGAGUGAAAAAAUUCUGAAGCUGGCAACCAACAUAGCAAGGGAAAAGCUUGUAUCAGUGGGCACAUGUUUCGGCAAAUUCACUAAGACCCACAAGUUCCGCCUUCAUAUCACAGCUUUGGACUUUCUUGCUCCCUAUGCAAAAUACAAAGUGUGGGUUAAGCCUGGAUCCGAGCAGUCUUUUCUAUAUGGAAACCAUGUGCUGAAAUCUGGACUUGGAAGAAUCACUGAGAACACAGAGCAGUACCAGGGAGUUGUGGUGUACUCCAUGGCUGAUGUGCCUCUAGGCUUUGGAGUAGCAGCAAAAUCCACACAAGAGUGCAGAAGAGUGGAUCCAAUGGCCAUUGUUGUAUUCCACCAGGCUGACGUUGGAGAGUUCAUUAGAAAUGAGGAUGCCUUGACUUAAGGAUUCACCAAAAAUUGUUUUUUUUUUUCUCAUUUACUUGCCUGACCAGCCAGUCCCUCAUACAUUGCAGUAAGCACAUGGUUUUGGCUGGCCAGACAAGGUUUUACCAACUUUACAUCCAGGACAGCUGAGUGGAAUUCACAUUCCCUUAUCAUUUUAAUUAUAAUACCAACAAUCUUCUUGUACUACAUUUAAUUGCAGGAAAAUUACAAACAUUAAUAGUCAAUACUUGAAAGAUGAUUUGAGUAAAGUUUUAGAGUUCUUCCAGUAAUAAAUGUAUGCGGUUUCUUA